GUAAAGCGGACACGCACUAACCUUACCCGUGGUAUCUCACACACAUAACCGAAAAAACAGCUGAUCGAUGCGUGCACUAUCGUAGCAUUGUUGCACGGUACAUUCAUCUCGCAAAACUGAAAGAAAAAUAAAAUAAAGACAACAUGCUCACCUCACGUGUCUUCAGGGCUGCUCAGCUACUUCGAGGAUUUGCAACGAAACCGGAGGAAAUCGGACAACUGGUCAAAAAAAACAAGGUUGUGGUGUUCAUGAAAGGUGUUCCAGAGGAGCCGAGGUGUGGAUUCAGUAAUGCCGUUGUGCAGAUCAUGAGAAUGCAUGGGGUUCAGUACGAUGCGCACGAUGUUCUCAAGGACGAAAACCUCAGACAAGGAAUCAAAGAUUUCUCUAACUGGCCAACGAUACCCCAAGUAUUUAUCAAUGGAGAGUUUGUCGGAGGCUGUGACAUUGUCUUGCAAAUGCACCAGAAUGGAGAGCUUAUCGAAGAGCUGAAAAAGGUUGGAAUCAACAGUGCUCUUCUAACCAAAGAACAGGAGAAAGACAGUUCGAAAUCAGACAAGGGUUCGAAGGAUUAAUUAAGCUGGUACUUGUAAAUGUAUGAUUGUUUUUUGUUAAAAAAAAUUUAAUAAAAAGUAUUCUUUUUACUAAGAUUA